AUGUCGGGGGAACUUCCUCCCUCGUUCUUGGGCUUGGAGGGCCUUCAUGUCUUCAUCACCGGCGCUGCCGGGGGCAUUGGACAACGAGCCGUUCAGGAAUUCCUAGACCAAGGAUGCAAGGUAACAGCAUAUGACCUCCGCCCGUUCGAGGUCCCAGACACCAUCGGCGAGAGUUACUCCCGACUCAACAUCCAGCGCGGCGACAUCUCCGACGAAGAAUCCAUCCGAUCCGGCAUCGCACUCGCGGUCAAGCGAUGCGGACCCAUCAACAUCCUCAUUGCCAACGCCGGCAUCACCGAUGAAGGCCACAAUUAUCCCAUCUGGGAGCUACCGCUGGAGACAUGGGAGAAGACCUACAGCGUCAACGUCCGCGGCACGUUUCUCACCAUCAAGCACUUCCUGCGCGCUGCGCGCACCGCACAGCAGACUCUGGGCAACGAGCUGGAUAAUCUGGCCAUUGUCGUGACAGGAAGCGAGACGGGGGUAUUCGGGCAGGAGGGCCAUGCCGAGUACUCGUCAGGCAAAGCUGGUCUCCAGUAUGGUCUGGUCAAGAGUGUGAAGAACGAGAUCGUCCGCCUCAAUAGCAGGGCAAGAAUCAACGCCGUUGCGCCGGGAUGGGUGGACACACCCAUGAUCCAAGGCAGACUGCAUGAUCCAAAGGAACUGUGGGCCGAAGCCCAAGCGACUGUUCCCCUCAAGAAGAUCGCAAACCCAGAAGACGUCGCACGUACCAUGGCGUUUCUGGCGUCGCACCGCGCCGCAGGCCAUAUCUCGGGCCAAUGCCUCCGCGUCGACGGAGGGAUGGAAGGCCGCCUCCUCUGGAAGGAGAGCGAGGCCACCAAGCCGUCGAUCCCGCGCACCCUACCCGCACCCAAACGCAACAAGAUCCGCGUCGCGGUAUCCAUCGACCUCGACGCCGUCUCCGGCUGGCUAGGAACGGGCCACCACCCGGACAACAUCCUCGCCGACUACUCCGCCGGCUUCUUCGCCGCCAAAGUCGGCGUCCCGCGGCUCCUCCGCAUGCUCUCGAAACUCCACAUCGCAGACCGCUGCACCUGGUUCAUCCCGGGCCACUCGACCGAGAGCUUCCCGGAGGAGGUCGCGCAGGUCGUCGCGUCCGGCUGCGAGAUCGCGCUGCACGGCUACGCCCACGAAGGCGCCUACCAGCUGACCGAGCAGCAGGAGCGCGACGUCCUGGUCAGGUGCAUCGAGAUCUCGACCAAGCUCACAGGCAAGAAACCCGUCGGAUACCGCGCGCCCCUCUACCAGCUGCGCGAGUCGACGCUGGACCUCCUCGAGGAAUUCGGCUUCGAAUACGACGCCUCGUUAACCGACCACGACUGCCACCCCUUCUUCGCCCCGCGCCGCCCCGCCCUCCAGCCCAUCGACUUCUCCCAGCCCGCGUCCACCUGGAUGCACCCGAUCCGCCGCGCCGAGCCCGGCUCCGACGCCGGUGCGGCCGCGGACCGCCGCCCGCUCGUCUGCGUCCCCUGCAACUGGUACAUGGAGGACAUGACGCCGAUGCAGUUCCUCCCGCACGCGCCCAACUCGCACGGGUACACGGACGUGCGGGUCAUCGAGAAUCUGUGGCGCGAUCGGUUCCUGUGGAUCCGGGAGAACGAGGCGGAGCCGAUCUUCCCCGUGCUGAUGCAUCCGGAUACGAGCGGGAUGGCGCAUGUGAUUGGGAUGUUGGAGCGGCUGUUGGGCUGGGUGAAGGGGUGGGGGGAUGAGGUGGAGUUUUGUCAGACGGGGGAGAUUGCGAGGUGGUUUAGGGAGAAGGAGAUGGAGAGAUGA